AUGCGCAAUCACUUGGUAGUUCAGCCCUCUAUGCAUACCCACCCAUCUCACAGCUUGCACAACACUGCACACCUGCAUCUAUCGUUGAUUAUCAUCACAUACAGCAACUAUAUCUUACUCUCACUAAACAUGCCGGACGGCUCCAACAAUGGUACGUCACCCCUGUCGAAUAGCGCACGCCGAUUGCUCCUUGAGUUCCCCAUAUCCAGUCACUCGCUCUUCAAUCAGGACCAAAGCGCCGAGACAGCCAUCCAUGAUAGCACCGUAUCCGACCGCCUGGAAGCCCUAGGACAGGAAGUUCAGAGCCUUGCACGAGAGCUCUCUGAAGGUAGAAGGCUCAGCAGCCAAUACACCCUUGCCCGUGCUGUGUCCCAUGUCAACACGCAGCUCUCUACAAUCUGUAACCUCGCUGACCACACAAACGCAGAGCGCCAACGACAGCUCGAACUACAACUGCAGCUGGACAUCUUGGUUGCCCAGCCUGCGCCCACGGGUGGUGCGUCAUCAAUCCCAGUGCCUGUACCAGGAAAUGUCGCAAGGCCGAAUAUCCCUAUUCAUAAUCUCUUUUCCAUACUGCCCAAGGUCACAUACACGGAACAGCACGAAGAAGAAUUUGAGCGAUCACUGGAAUAUAUUGGAGUACAGCGCAAGAUCUUGCGUGCUCUUGAUAGGCACGACACAGUCUUGACUGCCAAGGCGGCUUACACUUGGACAAGAGCCAGCGCACCCAACGGUCGGCUCCCGAGGCCUAAGCAUGCGCUGCGACUCUGUUAUUACAUGCGGUCGCUGGGCUAUGACACCUUCGCUAGCGUCAAAAACAUCCGUGAUUCCGCUUCACGGGUCACAAAGUCGAUGCUCCGCCUCUUGGUUGCCAAUCCAAACAGCGAAACGCGCGGCGUGGGCUAUGACUACUUGUACUGGAUGCAGUACAUUGGCAGUGGCGCGGUGGUCCCAAAACCAUACAAAGCACUAUCGCAUUCUAGACCACAUCUCGGCAGCAGAGGAUGCUUUGUAGCCGACGCCCUUGAUAUGGAGCGAUCCUUCCCCGCCGAGCUGAUCAACGCCCAGCUUGAGGAAGUAGGAUCUGAGCCUGUUCAUAUACGCGGCGGUGAAGCUCAGCCAUCCCAUCCUCUUCACCCUGGGGAAGACGCGGAAGAGGGGCGUGCAGCGUACGUGGCUCCGAGCAGCCCUCACUGA